AGAUUAGACAAUGUAUGAUUACAGUAGGCUAAGAUUAGAUGUUGUGCCUCAGCACUACACCCUUCUACUGGAACCCGAGUUUAUCACACACACUUUUAAAGGAAGAGUAGAUAUAGACCUGAAUAUAAAUGGAGGCUGUGAUAAGAUAGUUCUCAAUGCUAACAAAUUCACAUACAUUAAAGUUCUUGCUCUGACGACUAAUACAAUAAAACGGAAGAGAGAUGUUUAUGCUGACCCUUCUGUAAAGAAGAGUCGACCUUGUCCUGGUAGAUUUAAAACAUCUGACCAACAACUGGAACCUCAAGAUGAUUUAAAACCUGUAGAUGAUCCCAAACCUGAAGAUAAGCCCAAACCUGAAGAUGAGCCCAAAUCUGAAGAUGAUCCGCAAUCUGCGGAUGAUCUCAAACCUGAAGAUGAUCCCAAACCUGAAAAUGAUGUCGAAUCAACACCGCAACUUCAUUUUAGCCAUGCAUCUUUAAACGCUAAAGAUCAAGAUGAAGAUGCCAAAGAUCAUACUGAUAAUAAAGAUGAAAAAGAUGAUGAGGAUGAUCAAGUUGAGGAAAAUGAUAAAGAUAAGAAAAGUGUCGAUGGAGCGUCCAGCAGUUCUCAAUAUCCAACAAAGAAUAAAAAUGUUUUUGUGGAAAAUAAAGGAAUGGUUUUAUUGAGAAGUGAAUGGAUGGAUCCUGAAUCUGAGGAGGAAGAGGAGGAAGAAAAGAAGUUUCCAGAGAUUACUCCGGAAACCUUCGAGUUUGAGAAUGAUGCUAUUAUUUCUUCCGGUGAUGAGGAUGAAGAUGAAAACGUGAUUGUUUCCAGUGAUGAAGAUGAUCUGGUAGUUAAUGUUAACGAUGAGGAUGACGAAGUUGAUAGAGAUGAUGAUGAUAGUGAUGAUGUUAUGCAAGUUGAUGGCGCUGAUACAGAUAGUGAUAACGACGACUCUGCCACAGAUAUAGAUGAGCCUGAAAAUCAAUCUGGAAAUCCUGGCUCAAAUUCUGAUAAAAGUACUGAAACAGUAGAAGAGAUGGUCCUAAGUAAAUUCGAGAACAAUAUUGACAUUAAUGAAGUUUUAAUAUUGGCUGAAAACGAAGUUAUCGUCAUAACCACCAGAUCAGUGCUAGUUGGUGGUAAGUACCGACUAAGUAUAGAGUUCUCUGGAGUAUUAGAUGAUUCUCUCAGAGGGUUUUACAGAACAAAGCAUAUUGUACAAGGAGAGAAGAAAUGGGGCGCAGCUUGUCACUUUGAAGCUACGGGGGCAAGGAAGUGUUUUCCCUGCUUUGAUCAGCCAGAGUUCCGGUCAACCUUUGAUAUCAAGGUCAAGAGACCAAACAAACAGAUGGAGGUUAUCUCCAACAUGUGUUGUAUAUCAGUGUGUGAUGAAGUUUUCACGUUUGCCCGGAGUCCGGCCAUGCCCACCUACCUGGUCUGUGUUAUUCUAGGAUAUUAUGACAGCAUCAGCAGGAUUACCGAGGAUGGGGUUCGAGUUAGUUGUUACGCUAAACAACAAGAAACCAAGCAGGUUGAGUUUGCUUUGGAUGUUUCUGUUAGGGCUCUCAAGUUUUACAAAGAAUUCUUUGGUGUAGCAUACCCUCUACCUAAGGAAUUAAAAUAUUCAAUAAUUUUAUUUCAAUGCUUCUUAAAGAAACAGUAUAUAGCUGAGAUAGUGUGCCAUGAGAUUGCACACAUGUGGUUCGGAAACCUUGUAUCAAUAGAGUGGUGGGAUCAACUCUGGUUGAAGGAAGGAUUUGCAACCUGGAUAAGUUUCCUGGCUGUUGAUCAUAUGUUUCCUGAGUUCGAUAUUUGGUCAGAUUUUCUGGUUAGCUACAGGAAUAAUGCUCUACACUUGGAUUCUUUAGAGAAUAGUCAUCCUAUUCAGGUUCCUGUUAUACAUCCAGCACAGAUUGAUGAAGUUUUUGAUGCUAUCUCCUACGACAAGGGUGCUUCUAUCAUUAACAUGCUUUAUCACUGGAUCGGAGAAAAGUCUUUCAGAGCAGGAAUGAACAGAUAUUUGGUGGAACACAAGGGUUCAAGUGUUCAGACUCAAGAUCUUUGGAAAUCUUUAAAUUUUGGAUUAGAAGAUGGUAUGACAGGUGUUGAUGAAGUAAUGGAUCUAUGGACUACAUGGCAAGGAUUUCCUAAAAUUAAGGUAACUCUGGUAGAAGAUAAAAUAGUUCUGGAGCAGAUGAAUCCUGGUUGCAGAAAAUGGAAGCUUCCACUCAGAGUGUCUCUAGACUCCGGGAUACAGACAAUACUGUUACAACAAGAUCCAAUAUCCCUUACACCAGGCUCCCUUGAACAUUACGAUGAACAGUCCCUUUCAGGAAAGCCGAUUAAAUUGAUAAUUUUCAUUGGAAAAAUAAUUAGUUUAGCGUAUAUUUUUAAUGAUAUUAAGUUUAACUUUCGCAUUGAAUUAAUUUUCAUUUUAGAUGUUCGGGACCGAGUUGGACUUCUCUCAGAUACAUUGAGUUUCUUUGUAAUCGGAGAAGAAACGGUGGAGACUGUUCUGAAACUGGUUGAACUGUAUAGUGGAGAAACUGAUUGGGCUGUAGUGGAUACAGUUGUAGAGACUUUCAGGAAACUAGAAGGACUAGUGGAACACACCAAGGCUUGGACUGGUUUUCUCAAGCUUGUAUACAGAGUUCUGGAGUCUAGUUUAGAGAGGCUAGGAUGGGAUAGUAAGGAAGGAGAAGGAAAUAUGGUUUCCUCAAGAUCUGCAAUCAUAAAUAUUCUAGGUCGGUUUGGUUCAGCAAAUGUUGGAGGAGAGGUGAGUCUUCUCUUUAGAAGAGAAGAGAGAGGGAACGGAGAUGUUUCUAAAGAUAUCAGGAAAAGUGUGUACUGUACUGUAGCUCGUACAGGAGGAAAAAGAGAGUUUGAUUAUUUCAUGAAAAAGUUCCGUCAAGCGGAGAGAUCAGAGGAGAAAACAUUGUACUUAUCAGUACUUUCAUCCUUUACAAAUACUAGUCUGAUCCAGGAGGUUCUAGAAUGGAGUUUAUCAGAAGAGGUGAAGCUUCAAGAUAGAGUUUUCCUCAUCAUUAGUGUAGCAGACGCAGGCCCUGAUAGCAGACUAGCAGCUUGGAGAUUCUUCAAGGAUAAGAUAAGUAUACUGAGGACCCAGUAUACUAGUGGAGGUAUGCUUACACGACUAGUGAGGGGUGUUAUGAAGAACUUUAACAGCAAAGAAGACCUUCAUGAAAUAAAAGCUUUUUUCAAGAUAAAUGAUUUGCCCGGAGCAAAAAGAACGAUUGAUCAAACCAUAGAAGAUGUUGAGAAUUUUAUCAAUCUCCGGGACAAAAACAAGGAGAGCAUCCUCAGGUAUUGGAGUGGUCUAGGGGAAGCUGAAUCAUAGUCAGACACAGGAAGAAUGAGACUUCCUAGAAUCAAGAACACAUCAGAUAUUAAACAAGGCUGUAAUCUUCUACGGGUACCUCAAGCCCCCUGCUUGAAGCACCCCAACGUCUUUCCCUUUCGUUUAUCAUACAAUUAUUUGAAUACUGACAUAAAUGUUAUUUUUUCCCUGUUGUUAAAAAAAGUCAAAAUUAUUUUCAGA